AUGCUUGUUUCAAUCUAUAAGGCUUUUCUCAGACUUAGCUUCAUACCCAAGGGAUGGACACUGGCGAAGGUUGUGUUCAUUCCCAAGGGCGGCGGACCAUCCCACGUGAAGCCAAGCGACUUUCGACCGAUUAGCCUUACAUCUUUCUUCCAGAAGGUUCUGGAAAGACAACUGGACGUGAAGAUCCGAACAGAAAUUGAUUUAAGUAAAUUAUCUAGCUGUCAGCAUGCCUAUUGGAAAGGCAGGUCUGUAGACACAGCUUUGCAUGGUAUUGUGAGCACCAUUGAAAAGGCAUUAGCGCUUAAGGAAUCUGCAUUAGGCGUAUUCCUUGACAUCGAGG